UGAAUCUAUCAUUUGGAUUUCACUCUAGAUAUAUGUGGAUAACACAAUGUGACACACCCAUAUAGCUAUAUUAGGAUGGUAAUAUAUCUACCUGAUUCCCCUUUAAAGAGUAUUAUAUGAGUGUUGUCUUGAUUUGAAUAUAAUAAUCUAUAUAUAAACCCUCAUGCAUGUAAAAUAAUGCAGGUUCAAAAUCUCAUAGAAAGAUGCAUGCUGUUUCACAUGAGUCAAGACCAAUGCAUAAAGGCACUGGCAGAACAUUCAGGGAUUAAACCACUUGUAACAGUUACAGUGUGGAAAGAGUUGCAAAAGGAGAAUAAGGAGUUCUUCAGAGCAUAUUUACAAGUUAUCACUCCAAGAUGUCCCUAAGUCUGCUGCUAAAAAAGAAAAGCCUACCCCUCUAAGACUACAUGACAGCAGACAUCACUAGAGAGUGCAGGGGGAAAUACAUGACAGAUUCUCAAAACAGCAGUUACAAGCAAA